UGGCCGGCUUGGAAAUUUGGCCACGAGCGAAACGACCUCUACACGACUCUACACGACCAGUAUAAUACCUUCCCCUCCGCUAUCCAGGAUCACGAAGCCUUCUACCACGAUGUUCUUGAUGUUGCUGCAAAUACAAUGAACGCGGACCAGUUCCAUGCCGAGCUCCAGGAGCGUCGUAAUACCCGCCUCCACGAACUCAACCAGGCCUUGGAUUCUACGGCUUGCGAACUUAUCGGACGGCCAUCCCUCCUGCCAGGCGACACGGAUCACUGGGCCACCGCUCUGAGGAUAUUUCGCUCCAAAUCUCUUGACGCUCUUGUACAGUAUUUUAGCAUGUUUCUACCACCUGACGAGCGC